AUGGUCCGCCCUGUCAGAACAGUGUCUGAAGCACUUGUCCCCUCACAAUUGCUCCUGCCACUGCCUCAGCACCAUGUCCUGAUCUGUCGGGCCUGUCGCUAUGCAAUCCCUCCACUUGCAAUUGACAGGCACCUCAAGGAAAUUCACCAUCUCGAUCGCGCACGACGAGAGGUGUUUCUUGAUUUCGCCUCCAAAUUCGACCUCAGUGAUCCAGCCCACGUCGACGAACCCGGUGCGGAUCACUUUCCCGUGCCUGAACUUCCGCUUUACGACGGGUUACAAUGCACGUCCUCUAAUUGCCGACAUCUCUGUCUCAGCGAAAAGCGCAUGAGAAGGCACUGGCAGCUGGUACAUGGACGACACUGCCGGCCAUCCGGUGACUGGAAGCAUGCGCCUAUCCAGACCUUCUUUCGCGGAAAUCGGCUGCGCUAUUUCACCGGCUCUGUUGUUGAACCGAGCCACGAUAGCUCCGGACACAGUCGCCACAAGCACAUGCUCAGAGGAAACGUGAUUCGGACAUUCUAUAUUUCGGAAGAUGGCCGGGGGAUGGAUAUCGCCUUCGGUAUCCCUGAGGGCCCAGGCACAACAACACACGGACAGGAGAGGCAAGGCACUGAGGACGGACGAGUGAGACUCGAUCAAACCGACAGGGCCUUGCUUGACCACUAUAAGACGUCCACCUGUCUCACAAUCGCUACAGACGAGGAGACCAGAGCAGUCUGGAGUACAGCGGUGGUUCGUCUUGCGUAUUGUCAUAGGUUCUUGAUGGACGCAAUCCUGGCCCUCGCAGCCUUGCACCUGGCACACUGUCAUAGGUCCGAACCUGCCAAAUCCCGAGAAUACUUGGCCGUCGCGUCCAAGCAUCAAGACGAGGCCAUGCCCCCGUUUCGGAAAGCAGUCAGCGAGGCUGACGCGUCCAAAAGCCACGCCGUUGUCACGUUUGUUCACCUGUUGAUUUUGUACUCGAUUGCCAUGGAACACCAGGAUGAACAGCUGCUAUUGGUGCCCGAAGGUCAGUCAGACGUGGUUGUCAGCUGGUUGCACUUGUUACGGACUGGUUCCGGCAUGCUGUGCGCCACCUGGCAUCUGAUCGAGAUCGGACCCUGCCAACAAUUGUCGCUCGUGUGGAGAGAAGAGACUAGCCUGUCGCCGGCGGCUACGUUAUUGGCGUCGGAAUUGCGAGACAAGUUCCUGGCGGCCAUACCUCGGCCAGGCUCACAGGACGAGUGGGCAAGGUCUGAACGGGACGAGUAUGCCAACGCAGCCUCGUACCUGGCGCUCGCCUUUGCCUACCACUCACAGCCAUCAACUGGGCCGUGCACCACGUGGGACAUACUUCGGAUCUGGCCACACCGGCUCUCCGAUCCGUUCAUGGCCAUGAUGGCCGCCAAUCAUCCGGGAGCGCUGAUUCUGCUCGCACAUUAUGCGAUUCUGUUGAAGGACAUUGAGCAGCAUUGGUAUUUCAAAGGCCGGGCCACCAGGUUGAUCCGGAGGAUUGCUGAGAGGCUAGAGGAGAGAUGGCAAACAUACAUCGAAAGCCCAUUGAGGGCUAUAAGGACACCAGUCGUUCGGCCCAGACGUUUAUUACCUGGGCCACUCUGA